AAAAUACAAACUCCAAAGGAAAAAGUGGGGUUUUUUUCUCCGCCGUUUGUAUUUUAUUUUUUGAAUAGUUCAAAGAACACACGAUUUGUCAUUAUCUAUGAACCCAAUGUAUCACCAAAAUUUCCAUUGCUAAGUAUGUCAUUAUGUAUAAACCCAACACUGCAGAUAAUAGUGUACCGUCAUGGCCAAAAAUGUGUGGUCUUUCUCACCAUCCUAAGCAUCUGCUAUGGCUUUUGCCAAGGGUGUGUUUUCUGUCUCUCAAUCUAUCCAGCACUCCUGGGGUGUCCUGGUGAUUCCCACAUGAGUUUGCACACAUGUCCUUCCUUGAAAUGCUUAGCUGACCUUUCAGAAUACUAUACAAGCCAUUCUUUCAGAGUAAAGAGGGUGAAGUUUCAUAGAGGGGUGUCAGGGUGAAGUUGCAAAGAAGAAAUGGGGCAGGAAGCAAAAGGUGGCUAGUUUACACACAAAAGCAUUAUGUGGAUUGUAUCCAGGCUUAGUGAAUAAGCUAGAUUUUUUUUUUAAAAAAAAACCCUUUUAAUUGGGGAACCCAGCCCCUCAAUGUACUAAGCCCAAAUUGUGGCUUUGCAGAGUUACAAGUGCCAAUAAUGUAACAAGUGAGAUAGAUUUGAAUCAAAAAGAAUUUCUCAGGAGGUACUAGGAAACAGUCAACUGCUUUGCUAGCCUUACAGCCUCCCCCCCCCCCUUUCAGAGGUUACUUUCUCCCUACCACCCCUACGUUACUUCCUGGCUUGGAUCAGCCCAGUGUGAGGUCACAAGGAGAUUGCUGUCUUUAAAAUACAGACUCCGGAUAUUCUCUGCUCCCCGAAUUGCAUGCUCUGACUUUGUGACUUCAUGCUGUCAAAAUAGACGAUGGAGACUUCCUUGCUAUUCACGUUGCUCUUGACUUGCGCAGCAGGUGCCAAGUUCCGCUUUGCUUCCUAUUAUGCUGACCACAUGGUACUCCAGAAGGAACCAUCUCGUGCAAUCAUAUGGGGCUUUGGAGAGCCUGGUUCUAAGGUGAUGCUGACACUCUUCCAGAAUAAUAGUGUUGUGACCAAAACGGUACAGAUUGAAGAAAACUCUGAGACUUGGAAAAUUAUGCUGGAUCCUGUGGCCCAAGGAGGUCCUUAUACUAUAGAGGCGCAUCAGUACAUCGAGGAAGAAAUAUUAAAUAUAUCAAUAAAAGAUAUCUACUUUGGAGAUGUUUGGAUUUGCAGUGGUCAGAGUAACAUGGAGAUGACCGUUUCACAGAUAUUCAAUGCUAGCAAGGAGAUGGAAGAUGCACCCAAGUAUCCCCUUGUACGGAUAUUUUCCACUGCCCUUAUUCAAUCAGAAGUGGAACUGCAAGACCUUGGAGACAUCAACUUGCAGUGGUCCAUUCCAACCCCCAGAAACCUAGGCCAUGGAGACUUCAGCUACUUUUCUGCAGUAUGUUGGCUAUUUGGCCGAUAUUUGUUCGAGAAACUCAAGUACCCUAUAGGGCUGAUACAUAGCUCCUGGGGAGGGACUCCGAUUGAAGCCUGGUCCUCCAAGAAGACCUUGAUUGAAUGUGGUCUGUUAGAGUAUAUUGAAAGAAGUCGUCCUUCGUACCUCGAUGCUGGACCCCGAAAACCAUCCGUGCUGUGGAACGCAAUGAUUCGCCCUUUCAUCAACAUGACUAUCCAAGGAGUUAUAUGGUAUCAAGGGGAAGCCAACACUCUUAUCAACACUGACAUGUACAAUUGCACCUUCCCUGCACUCAUUGACAACUGGCGAAAAGCCUUUCAUGAAGGAUCCGAUGGUCAAACCAACCAGCAGUUUCCCUUUGGCUUCGUUCAGUUAUGCACAUAUCUGCAUGUGCAGAUAAACGACAAAUUUCCACGUAUUCGGUGGCAUCAAACUGCGGACUACGGCUAUGUCCCUAAUAAGAGAAUGUCCAAUACUUUCAUGGCUGUUACCAUAGAUCUUGGCGAUAAUGAAUCUCCUUAUGGCAGCAUCCAUCCUCGGGAUAAGCGGACUGUGGCCUACAGGUUGCAUCUUGGAGCACUGGCAGUGGCUUACGGGGAAAAAAGUAUAAUCUUCCAGGGACCCUAUCCUCAGAAAGUGCAAGUGAAUGUAACCCAUGGGCUUCUUAAUAUCACCUUUAACGAAUGUAUUCAGUUGCGUCACAUGGACAACAAGACUUUUGAGGUGUCUUGCUCUAAUCAGAGACCGGGCAAGUGGGAACCCGCAUCCAUUGUGUCAUCCUCUUACUCCUCGGUAAUCCUGCAGAAGCCAACCUGUCCGGAUGGCAUAAAAGGCUUGCGCUACGCCUGGUCCGAAUGGCCCUGUGAAUACAAACAGUGCCCCAUUUACAAUCCACAGGAUUUGCCUGCCCCUCCCUUCAUUACAUUUUCCCUCAAUAACCCUGCAUGGAUUUUGCUGUGAGUGAGCUGAGAGUGGAAAGAGGAAUCAGCAGCUUAUUUUGCAGACAAAAGGAAAUGUGGUGCACACAGCCACAGCUUAUAUUUCUUAAAGCAGUAAAGCUCUCAGGUCGAUGACCGCAGAGAAGAAUUUUAAAAACGAGCAACCCAGUUACUUACUUGCCAGAAAGGUCAUAGUAGGGAAGGUGGAUCAGAUGUUGGCGGUUCUUACUCUUGCUACCCGCCUGCGGUGCCGUAAUAACCGGGAUUACUUUGUAAGUACUUCACUAGAAAUCAAACCCCUUCUAAAGGAACCCCUGGUUACCUGCACACAACCAAGAGAGCCAGGAUUCUGAACGACAAGGCAUGAUGGGUGAUCAAUAAAAGAUUCCUCUGGGAACAUUGACAUUCCAGUGCAUGUUUAAACAUAAGCCCUUCUGAAUUUAGCAGGCCAAGCUCCCAAGUACAGAGACGAGUUGGAUGGGCCAUUUGUAAGAUGCCAUGCUGGUCCAGCCAUUUGCUCUUCUCUUGUCUGCAGCUGAUCUGCAGAGGAGUGUUAUCGGGAAAACAGGGAACAAAUACUCAACAUUCUCCCCCUCCCACUCUCCUAGGCAACUUAUAACAGGAGUAAGCCUAAUACAAGCCACAGCUUUGUGCUAAAAGGAAUGACAGAGCUAUGGCAUUCCAGAUGUUGCUGGAUGUCCUUGGCAAGGUGAGUGAUGUUGGCAGAUGCAUUAAAGCGAUAUCUAGACUCUGUAUCUUGUCUGCCCUGAACUACUAUUGACCUCCAGAUUAAAAUAAGUGUCUUGGGAUUCACUGUGUUCCAGAUUUACCUUACGUCUACUAUCACUUGCAGCAAAUAAGUCUUGCAGUAAAAAAAACCUCCACUUUCAAAUAUAAAAAGGUUACAUUAAAAACGCAAUAUUGCUUUACAAAAAAUAAGAACAUAGGAGUAUAUUUCUUUUUUCAAGCAAAAUCUGUGGCUUCAGAUAAAAUCCAGGGAGGCUUCCGCUAUGUUGGGUUUGGGUCAACUUGAUCAUCUCACUUGUGUAUGUAUGUAUGUUGUAUGUUUGUCUUAGAUGAGCAACCUGCCAAAUCGAUUGAUCUGGUUAUGUUAAACCAAAGUAGAAAAUGGGAAACAAUUGAUUUAUAGAGUUGUUCCCUGGAUCAGAGUGAAGUUGGGUAUAGUGUUUAGACCAGAGGUCUCCAAACUUGGCAAUUUUUAAGUCUUGUGGACUUCAACUCCCAGAAUUAGA